AUGAUAUACGACAUCAAACGGUUAAAAAAACUAUUAGAUUUAACGACCAACAUUGAUCAAAUAAGUGAAUUCGGUGGCGGGGAUGGGGGAGUUGUUAUUAGUGAUACCGGAAAGGGAGUAACAAAAUUGGUGUCGGAGAAUUCGGUGAUAGUAUUUGGUAGACGUGGUUGUUGCAUGUGCCAUGUCGUGAAGAGAUUGCUAUUAGAGCUAGGGGCGAAACCGAUGGUCUGCGAAGUUGAGGAAGAGAAGGAAGCGGCCUUGCUGAAUGAACUAUCGAGAAUCAACGAUGAUAGAAGGAACGGAAGUAUCGAGCAGUUUCCGGCUGUUUUCGUCGGAGGGAAAUUGUUUGACGGAUGGGAUAAGGUUAUAUCGACUCAUAUCUCCGGUGAAUUGGUGUCUAUUUUGAGAGAUGCCGGGGCUUUAUGGCUUUGA